UGGUGGUGGAGGUGGGGGUGCGGGAGGGGGAAGAAAGGCUGUCUAAGAGGGAGAGCGAGAGAAACGGAGGUUCAUGGACCAUGUCACAGCGUCAGGCUUCCCCGUGUCUUCUCGUCCACGAUGCACUUUAGGAUUUCAAUAAGAUGCGUGUGUGUUUGCAGAUAAUCGGCUUCCUCUUCGCCGCAAACUUUUACCUCCCGCCGCUCCAAGCUCAGGAUCCCUCCUGUUGCCACCAUGCUGCCGAGUUCUCCCCUUGCAAAGAAGCUUGUGAUCAGCUCGCCACAAUAAAGAGUGAGUCGCGUUUGAAGCAUCUCCUGCAGAGGUUGCCAAGUUACUGUCCAGAGUCAAUGAAUGAGCUGUGGGUUUGCAUCAACUCGACACUUCCAGGAGUAUCAAGAAAGUCAGACAGCUGGGUAGGGCUCGGUUGCUGCGAGCUCGCUAUCUCAUCUGAGUGCCGCAGGGAAUGCAGACAGGCGUCAUCCAAAAACGACCUAACAAAAGUAUGCAAAAAAGUCACUGAGAAUCCUCUACACAGCUGUAUCACCAAAAAUGAAAUGGGCUCCACGUGUUGCAGCUAUGCGGGGCGUCACACCACCUGUCGGGAGUACUGUCAGGCCAUCUUCAGGACAGACUCCACCCCGACCGUGUCUCAAAUCAACGCCGUCAAAGAGUACUGUCAGAGCCACAGCGCUCAGCUGCUCAGCUGUGUCAGCAAUUUCACCAAGUCCUACCCGAUACGCAGCCCUAUAGACAGUCUGUACUGCUGUGACCGAGCCGAGGCUACCCACUGUCAAGUGGCUUGCCGGCGAAUCCUCCGUACCUUGAGCACGGAGCACGAGAUCAUGGAGGGCUUGAUUGACGAGUGCGGCUCCCAGCCUCUGCCCCAAGACCCCAUGUGGCAGUGCUUUCUGGGGAGCGCCCAUCCCCCUUCCCCGACCGAAAAAGAAGUCCCGCAUCCUGCCAAAAUGGACUGUGCCAAACUGCAUUGCUGCUCCAAGGCUAACACCUCACUUUGCAGGGACAUGUGUCAAGAGAUCAGCACAAACUGGGGCAGCCAGACGUGGCAAGACUUUGACCAGCUGUGUGAGUACAACCCGGUGGAGACGGAGCUGAUCAACUGCCUGGCUGAUGUCAGGGAGCCCUGCCAGUUGGGCUGCAAGGAGCUUUCCUAUUGCACCAACUUCAACAAUAGGCCGACGGAGCUGUUUCGCAGCUGUAACAUGCAGUCGGACCAGGGAGCUAUGAACGACAUCAAGCUGUGGUCCAACGGAACCAUCAAGAUGCCUUUUAUGAACAUUCCUGUGCUCGACAUCAGGAAGUGUCUGCCGGAUAUGUGGAAGGCGGUUGCUUGCUCCCUGCAGAUCAAACCCUGUCACAGCAAGUCCAGAGGGAGCGUCAUAUGCAAGUCAGAUUGUGUGGAAAUCCUGACCCAGUGUGGGGACAGAAAACGUUUCCACGACGGACAAACACCUGAGAGGAUAUGCGAGCUUCUGUCGCCCAUCGAUGACCCCGAACGCUGCAUUCCACUGCACAGAUACCUCACCCCAAGUUCCCUCGGAAACAGCGUUGUUGAAGAGGUCAUCCAUCCAUGCAACCCGAACCCUUGCCCCAGCAACCACUUAUGCCAGGUCAACAGGAAGGGUUGCCUCGAUGAGCUCAACUGCCAGCCGUUUCUCUGCGCGCCAGGAUGUAAACUCGGCGAGGCUUCAGACUUUCUGGUGCAGCAGGACGCUCGCUUACAAGUGCCGACUCGCACCGGCCCGGCCGGGUGCUACGAGGUCUGCACUUGCGGUGCCAGCGGGCGCCUGGAGAAUUGCGUGGAGAUGCCGUGCGUGGAUACCAACAAGGCUUGCGUCGUGGGAGGACAGAAGAUGAAUCACGGGGUGUCUUAUCGACUAGACUGUGACACCUGCUUCUGCUUUGCUGGCCACCCCAUCUGCUCCGACAGAGAAUGUCUCAACAUUGAGAGCUCAGACGAAGACCGCCUACAUUUUACUGGUCUUCCAUGUAACUGUCCAGACCACUUCAUCCCAGUGUGCGCUUCCAACGGCCGCACGUACCCAAGUGCCUGUGUGGCUCGCUGUAUGGGUUUCAUGGACCAUCAGUUUGUGUUUGGCCAGUGCCGUUUCACUAAUCCCUGCGCCAGUAAACCCUGCCAGAGAAACCAGAGGUGCAUUCCAAAAUAUCAAGUUUGCCUGAGCGACUUGUCGGACUGCCCGCAGUACGAAUGCGUCGGCCGGCAGUCGGCCUGUGACAAGAACAGCGUGGAGCCAGUCUGCGAUACCGACGGUCACAUUCACACCAGUCUGUGCCAGCUCCAGCAAGCUGGCAAAACCCUUGCCUACAUGGGCCACUGUCAGGAAGACUGCAAGAGCCGACAGCAAGUUUGUGGCCACAAUGGCGAAACCUAUAAUACGGUGUGUGAGGCCUACUCAGACCGAGUGGCUCCCGACUAUGACGGACACUGUCAGGCUGUCGGGGCCAUUUCCGGCACGGCAGCGGACACUGCCUGCAGUCUCAUUUCCUGUCCACGUCUGUCACCUCCAGGCUGCCAGCCUGUCACGCCCCCAGGAGCCUGCUGCCCAAUCUGUGCCAGUAUGCUGCAGGUCCUCUGGAACAAAGAACAAAUGAAUACGUUCUCAAAGUUAAAUAAGAACCAGCCAGUGUCAGUCCACGAUGUCCUGCGAAUGCUGCGACUUCACGUGUCCGUCCCACAGUGCGAUGUUUUUGGCUACCUCAGUAUUGAUCACGAGCUGGUGAUCCUCAUUGCGCCUGUGGAUCAGCAUCCAACACCUCUGCAGAUUGAAGCCUGCAGCAAAGAAGCCGAAAAGAUCGAUUCCCUCAUCAACUACGCCAGUCCAACACUCGUUUCCCACAUUCCCCUCUCUGCUCUCGUUGCCUCUGAGACCCAGACGUCUUCCGUCAACUCUUCCGGUGGGGUUCGACGAUCGCCUCCGCACCCCACGCUGUGCCUUCUCCUGGGUCUCUUCCUGGCUGCAGCCUUGAGUCCCCAACUGCUGUAAAUACCCAUUAUUGCCCUCUCUUUUCCCCUGUUAUCAUUUCUAUGGCCAUCUUGCAGAAGGAAACCAUGGCGGCACCUUCGGACAAUCAUAAUUAAUUGACUUGCCAGCGUGUAAAACAAUCAAGGUGGAAAAUCUACGAAUAUGAAAAGCUUUGUACAUACAGUAUUAUGAGUGGAUGAGUUCCUCACUUUAUGGUAUGCACAGGUGGGCCUGUGAGUACAGUGUUACGCUGUGAAAACCUCUUGUGGCAUCUUGGUGCCAAAGAACUAUGUUGAGGUGCGAGGAGGAGAUUCAUUUAGAUAGGCGAUCGCGCUUUCUAUUUAAAAAAAAAAUAGUGCUUGGCGACUAUCGUGUGGCAUCUAUAGGCAAAUGAUAAACCUAACGAGGGGGCCGAAUGUUUGGUUUAUAUGUCAGGGGUCAAUCCUAAUCCCCCACAAAUUGUGGUGGAACACUGUAUGUUUGAGUGUGUGUGACUAUGUGGUUUGUUUGAGAAGCAUCCGGCUUCAAAUGAACAGUGUUAAAUCCCAGCAUGAAGCUCUUCUCUGACAUUCGUUUGCUCAGAAUUGUAUUAGCCAUUACGGUCAAUAUAAGACUUUUUUGUAUGCGUUUACUCUUAAAUUCUCAUACACACGUCAGCCUGGUUGUUGUUGAAGAGUCCGUAUUUUGCCAUACGGCAGUACCAGCGAUCGAUCCAAACGUGCGGUAUACCUCUAUUAGCGUUUGAAUCACAACGCUCAACAGUGUUUGAGGAGUAUCUUACGUUUAUGCAGCUGGUGUGGGAAUAAAUGUGCAUUUUCCUUGCAACUAACUGGUGACCCCGUUCUGGCUAAAGUCCAGCUUCCUGGUGACCCAAACGAAAAGGAAACGAUCGUAUUCAUUGUAGUGCUGACAUGCUUCACACAUUAGUUCACUUUCUUGACCAAAGAUAAUCUCAGACUUGUAUGGAUUACAGAUCCCUAAAUCUGUGAGGAGGGGCUCUAAAUGAAUAUGUCGGAUGCAUCAUCAAGGUGAAGGACAAUAUGUAUUUUGUAUGUUGGUUUAUAACUAUUGCCUAUAUGUGAAAAUCUCCAAAUUGCCUUAAUCUUUUGGGGGGAGCGGUCCACCAUAGUUUCACAGAAUAUUUACUAAAACGUGUUCUCGUAAUUGGAGUUCAUUCCAAUAUGAUAUAUUUCCAUGGAAACUGUCCAACAUUGAAAUGUGGGUGCAAUUAUACAGCCGUAGUUUUAAGUGUCGCCAUUACAGCGUUAAACGUGCCUCGGGUGACUUUUCAGGUGUUUCUAGAAUUAUUAUUUUUUUCGGGCCUUUGUGAUGUAAACUCUUUGCGUCAUCCAGUUUACAGGGCUGGGUUGAAUUUGGCACACUCAAAAUGAAUGGGAAUUCCAAAGAGCACACUUUUUCUUUGUGUACACAGUAUUACGUACGUUCAGGUUCAGAACCAACUGAAGAGAGGAACAUUAAUGUUUCGCGCAACCCGGUUUAUCGUUGUGUUCAACCACAGCGUAAAAAUAAAAUAAAUAGUGCAUUACACAUAUAUAAAUAUUUCUCUCUGUCUUCACUGUCUUUAGUAUUCUGAACUAUUGUUUUCAUGGCUGUCUUUUCUUUCUUUUGGGUAGUGGGGCGGGGGGAUGUUACCGACUCAGGAUAUGCACUAAAUGUUGCUUUAAUACAAGAAAAUCGUAUUGAUUGAUUAUUAUUAGUAUUAUGGUCCCGGUUGACGCAGACCCAAACCCACAGAACCUGAAACAUAAGGACUUGAGGCAUGGGAUGAGGAUACGAUGGCUUGAGCCAUUUUGUUUGGGUAUAUGAAGGUUUGCAACAUGAACAAGAUGCUGGUGGGUUAUGGGUUGAGAAAUAAAAAACAAAAAGGUGGAUGAUGUCCUUCUCAUGUGCCAGGCAAAGCUGCUCUCAAACCACAGAUGAUAUGAUUUAAUAUAAUCGUGGAUAUACUGGCUAAGGUGUGCUCCUUCCUGAUAAAAACCCGGGCAUCGCCCCCCCCCCCCCCCCCACCCCUACUCCACUUUUUUUGUGUGUGAGGCCAGUAGCUCUUAAGUUUAAAAUAUUAAAAGGGAUUUCAUCCAUUUACAGUACAAACUAAAAGCCAUCUGAUAACAAGACAAUCAGCUUCUCACUACCUACACUCCGCCUGGGGUAGAGAUUUCCACUGUAUGCCUUGCAUCAUAGUGUCUUACGAAGUAUUAUUACGAAUGCAAUAUCUUCUCGUUAAGAAAUUUCUCUGUAUUUGUAUAAGUAUGAAAAUGUUUAAGAUAUCAUGUGUGCCAUGUUUUUUUUAAUAAAUAGAUGUUAUUUUUUGUGCAUGAUGAUCGUAAUGACGUGAUUUUAAUCCAUUUGCGUUGUGUUAUUAGCAUUAUCUAAAGGUGCCCGUGCAGCACUCAUGUCCCAGUAUUGACCAGUAUUACUGUGCUAGGCAGAUGAAUUCAGGGUACAAAGGAGUAUUCGGGCCACAGUGGGAAGAAUAAAGUCAAAUUUGAGAACAAAUGAUUUGUAUUUGUGAAGAUAAAGUUGCAUUUUUAGGAGAAUUCAGCCAAUAGUAAUAUUUUAGAAUAAAGUUGUGUAUUUAUGGGAAUAAAAUCUGAAUUUUAUAGCGUGAAUGUAAACAUUUCCCAUCUUACGACUUUAGUCUUGUAAUAUUAGGACUUGCUUCUCACACAAUUUCGACUUUAUUGUUCUAAUAUUUCAAAAUGAUUCCAGUUAUAUUCAUUUUGUUCACUCCUUCAUAACAAGGAAACCUCACCUGGCUCAUAUUAUUGUAUGUAUCUAUUAUUAUUCAUGUCCAGUUUGUCAUAACUGAAUGUUUUUGUUUGUUCAUGCCAACAUUGGUUAUGCUGUCUUUAAAAAAAAUGUGUAUACCAUGUUUCCCUUUCAACAGAGGGAUGGAUCUAAAAGUCUUUCCAUACAUACUUGGCCGACUUUUCAGGACUGAAAUACAAAAAAUGUUGCAAUUAAGAUGUGAAGAUUGAAAUGAAUAUAAUGUGUCAGAACAGCAUGGCAAUGGCUAAAGUUUAAAAAAAAUUAAAAUAAAAAGAUGAGAAAAA